AUGGGUGGCGGUGCGAUCGCCGUGGGUGAGGCGCGGGGUGCGUUCCUGGAGGAGAGGUCGACCCACGGCAAAACGCGCCAGCUGAGCGGGGCGACGGUACUCGUGACGUCACUGGCCGCCGGAGCCGCGGCCGGUGCCGUCGCCAAGACAGUGAUAGCGCCCCUGGACAGAGCCAAGAUCAGGUUCCAGACUUCGGACAUUCCGUACUCGACGCGCGCCGCGCUCCAGUUCCUGGCGAACAGCGCGAAGAACGAGGGUCUGAUGGCUCUAUGGCGAGGGAACAGCGCGACGAUGGCCCGGAUCGUCCCGUACGCGGCGAUUCAGUUCGCGGCGCACGAGCAGUGGAAGAAGCUGUUCGGAGUCGACAACCCUCGUGCCGCUCAGGAGCACCCCGUCCGGCUGCUCAUUGUAGGCUCCCUCGCCGGAGUGACGUCACAGAGCGCCACCUAUCCCCUGGACUUAGCCAGGGCCCGUAUGGCGGUCUCGCCGAAGAGCGAGUACGGCUCCCUGAGGGUGGUCUUCAUAAAGGUUGCCAGGGAGGAGGGCAUCAGGACUCUGUACAGGGGCUAUCCAGCUACAAUAAUGGGCGUCAUCCCUUACGCGGGCGUCUCUUUCUUCACUUACGACACUCUGAAGAGAUGGUAUUCGGAGUAUAGCGGGCGUCCCGCCGCUGGUAUGACGAACGUGGCGCUGGGCGGCAUGGCCGGCGCCCUCGCCCAGACCGCCUCCUACCCCCUGGAUAUCGUGCGCAGACGGAUGCAGACCGCCCGUCGGCGGGCGGACAACUCCUACCCGUGCCCCAGCACGAUGCAGACCUUGGCUCACAUCUACAGGGUGGAGGGUUGGCGGGGCUUCUUCAAGGGGCUCAGCAUGAACUGGGUCAAGGGCCCGGUGGCGGUGGGCGUCUCAUUCGCCACGUACGACUUCAGCAGGAGCCUACUGCGGGACGUGGCUUACACCGUCCAGGGGUCG